AUGGUGGUUUUAGUGGUCUUGCUACUGGAACUGAUUUCUUACAAUGUAUGUCAGGCUCACAUAGAAAAAUGCAGGCUCCAAAGUCCACACCGUCCACUUCAAACGUACCAUCAGCCAGGAGAGUUCCUCAUUGGUGGCAUAGUUUUCCAUGGUGGCAUCAUGUCCUCUCCAGCAACAUUCACUGAAGAACCCCCACCAGCGCUGCCUGAAGAGCUUGUGGUGGUGCCUAAGCUUUACCAGCACAUUGUGGCCUUGGCAUUUGCAGUCAAGGAGAUCAAUGAAGACCCUCACGUCUUACCCAAUAUCACCUUGGGUUUUCACUUAUAUGACAGCUAUAAAAAUGCAAGGCGCACAUAUCUUGCCACACUGCUGCUUUUAUCCAUGGUGGAGAAAUUUGUCCCAAACUAUAUAUGUGAUGUUGAAAAUAAUCUGGCUGGGGUCGUUGGGGGACUUGAUUCUGAAAUCUCAUUUUAUGUGGCAACUCUUUUGGAUAUCUAUAAGAUUCCACAGCUCCAUCACUUUCUGAGACGUAUCUCAUUUAACAAUACGGCAGGAGAUGUGGUCGUCAUCAACCAGAAUGGAGAGGCAGCAUCUGGCUUGGAUAUUAUCAAUUGGAUUAUAUUUGCCAACCAAAGUUUGUGGAGAGUGAGAGUUGGGAGGAUAGAACCGCAGGCUCCACCAGACCAAUCAUUGGUCCUUGAUGAAGAUGCCAUUACAUGGCACAGUUGGUUUAACCAGGUUGGGAAAGGAGGCAUAAUAAUACCAGAGGAAGAAACUGAGAACAGACAGCAGCAGGUGCAGGAGAACACUCAUCUUCUCAGGGUGCUGGUGGAAGAGGUGGAAGGAGGAGAAGUGGUGGAGAAUGAGAGAGUGAAGGAGGGACAUGAGAAGAAAGGGACUCAGCCUCUUUCUGUAUGUACUGAGAGAUGUCUUCCGGGAUCCAGCAAGAAAGUGAAGGAGGGACAGCCCCCUUGCUGCUACGAUUGCAUCCCAUGUCCAGAGGGGAAGAUUGCAAACCAGGAUGAUAUGAAUGACUGUAAUAAAUGCCCAGACAAAGAAUAUCCAAGCAAGAACCGGGAUGCAUGUCUACCCAAGGAUAUCAGCUUCUUGUCUUAUGAAGAACUUUUGGGAAUCAGUUUAGCUUGUUUCUCUCUUUCCCUUUCCUUGAUCACAGCUCUUGUACUAGGUAUAUUUAUGAAACACCAUGACACACCCAUUGUCAUUGCAAACAACCGAAACCUUACCUACACUCUCCUCAUCUCUCUCCUGCUCUGCUUCCUUUGUGCAUUGCUCUUCAUUGGUCGACCUGAGAAGGUGACCUGCCUCCUCCGACAAACAGCUUUUGGUAUCAUCUUCUCAACCGCUGUUUCUUGUGUCCUGGCAAAAACUUUAACUGUGGUUUUGGCCUUCAUGGCUACAAAACCAGAAUCCAGGAUGAGGAAAUGGGUGGGGAAAGGACUAGGCCACUCCAUUCUCCUUUCCUGCUCCAUAGUUCAAGCAGGGAUAUGUACUGUGUGGCUGGCAACCUCUCCCCCAUACCCUGAUGUGGACGUGUACUCAGUGACAGAAGAAAUCAUACUACAAUGUAAUGAGGGGAAUGUGGCCAUGUUUUACUGUGUCCUCAUCUACAUGAGCUUCCUGGCAACUGUAAGUUUUGUUGUGGCUUUCCUCGCUAGGAAGUUACCAGACAGUUUCAACGAAGCCAAGUUUAUCACUUUCAGCAUGUUGGUCUUCUGCAGUGUUUGGCUGUCCUUUAUUCCUUCCUACCUGAGCACCAAGGGAAAAUAUAUGGUAGCUGUGGAGAUCUUCUCUAUCUUAGCCUCCGGUGGUGGGCUGCUGGUUUGCAUCUUUUCCCCCAAAUGUUAUAUAAUGAUACUAAGGCCUGAGCUGAACAAUAGGGAACAGCUAAUAAGGAAGAAAAAUUAA